CUCGGAUUCCGUUUCAUGGCAUGGCUGCAAGUGAUGUCUCUGAUUCUAUUUUUAUCCGAGAGCAUUGCCGUGUUUGUGGCGUUUCCAAAUCGGUCGUCUGUUUCAACCUAUGGCGCGUACACGGGCUUUCAAACGCUUUUCAUCGAAACGUUUGCGUUCAACAUCUUCGUGGUCUGUAUGGUCUUGGCGACAACGUGGUGCUAUCUGCCGCCGGGCCGCCACUCGCUACAGGACGAGGCGGAGUCGUCUGUGAUGACUAACCACACACACGUGAGAGGUACCUUCUCACUGUACACAGCCCAUAAGAUGGUCGGAUGCGCCAGUGUGGCCUACAGAGACCCCCCCAACACACGCGAUAGUCUGAGAGGCGUUUUGGAUUGUGACAAGUACGGCAUCACGCUGCUGCACUUUAUCUCUGUGGAGGCGACGGAUAUACACUGUGUGGUGUUUCUGCAAGGUACAAAAUCGGAUGCACGCUUCAGCGCAUGCUGGGGCGCCUAG